UCUCAGAUGAAUUUUUAGAAAAACUUAGACAGAGUUCCUGCCACAGUACAGCCCUAAAGGUACUAGACAUGUGUUGUGGAAAAGGCGGAGACCUUUUAAAAUGGAAAAAAGCAAACAUUACCCACUUGAUUUGCGCAGAUAUUGCUGAUGUAUCCAUUGAACAGUGCGAGACUCGUUACAGAGAUAUAGAAAAUCGUAGUCAAAGUGAUCGAGGCUUUGCUCCACUGUUCUCUGCUGAAUUCCUCGUUGCUGACUGCUCAAAGGUUCGGUUGAGGGAGAAAUACAGGGAUCCGAGUGCGCUUCUUGAUCUCGUUAGUUGUCAAUUCGCAUUGCAUUAUAGUUUCGAGACGCUACCACAGGCUGAAUGCAUGAUGCAAAAUGCUGCUGAGACACUCAGAGCUGGCGGUUAUUUUAUUGCCAGUAUUCCAGAUGCUUAUAACUUAGUGGUGAAUAAACUUUGGGAUAUUGAGAGGACUUUCCGAGGCCACCCUCGAGUACUAUCAACUCCCAGGCGUGAGAAUAUAUUAAUUGACGAAUUAUCACGAUGGAAGAAAAUUGAUGGAAACAAAUUUGGAAAUGAUAUUUUCAGCGUUGAAUUUUUAAUCGAAAAAGAAAACAUUCCAUUGUUUGGUGCUAAAUACAAUUUCCAUCUCGAAGGAGUUGUUGAUUGUCCGGAGUUUCUUGUAUUUUUACCACUUUUAAAAAAACUCGCUUUGAAAUAUGGUCUAGAGAUGGUCUUAUUCGAAAGAUUUGAUGAGUUUUAUAAUCGUAUGAAGAACGAGGGCCGAUCACUUUUAGGCAAUAUGCAGGCACUGGAGACUUAUCCACCUUACCAUGAAGCACCACUUCUUGGACAAGCCCCAGGAGAUUAUCUGCACGCUGUCCAGUACAUGCAAAAUUCUACUGGGCACAGGAAAAUUGGGACAUUAUCGCACUCAGAGUGGGAAGCGACUUCAUUAUACGCAGUGGUUGCUUUUCAAAAGAUGAGGACAACGUGGAAUUCAGAAGGGAAGCCCGAGUAUUCCAAACUGUAAUUUAAGACGAUUUGUUACAACAAAAACUCAGAAUAAGAAGAAUAAAACAGCGAAGAACGAAGAUGAAAAGUCGAAAGUGUUAAAGAAAUAAUGUGUUUAGACUCAUAUUUUUACCUGUUAAGUGAGAAAUGCAGAGUGAACGGAAUUAAUUGUAUUAUAAAUAAAUUUUUCGUAUUUUGUGAAGGACGUGAAUGGCAUUAAGAUAUUUCCAAUGUAAAAAAUUUGAAGAUUUUCGUGAAACAUAAUAAAGAAAAACCGUAAAAGAUGUAA